CUCCCUCCAUCUCUCUUUUCCUCCUUCUGUGCCCUGACUCCUCCUUCAGCUCCAGAGUCUGAGUCCGGCGUCCACUCAGCCAUCCUCCACUUCUCUGUGUCAAACUAGUGUCUCGUCUUCACCUCAUCUUCACCUGACCACCUCUGAGCGCCACUUUACCACUGUAGAGAAUACCAGCCUUACACUUUACUGCAGAAUGCCUUUUGGAGGAGGGAACAAGUGUGGCUGCUGCUACAAAACUGUCUACUUUGCAGAGGAAGUGCAGUGUGAGGGGAAGAGCUGGCACAAAACCUGUUUCUUGUGCAUGGCUUGCAGGAAGAAUCUAGACAGCACAACAGUGGCUGUCCAUGUGGAUGAGAUCUACUGCAAAUCUUGCUAUGGCAAGAAAUAUGGACCUAAAGGUUAUGGCUUUGGUGGCGGAGCAGGGACUCUGAGCAUGGACACAGGCGAACGACUUGGAAUCAAGCCUGAAGUACAAGCACCCCAUCGUCCAACAAAUAACCCCAAUACCUCAAAGUUCAGCCAAGCUCCACCAGGGUCAGAUGUGUGUCCAAGAUGUGACAAAACAGUGUAUGCAGCGGAGAAGGUCAUCGGGGGUGGCAAUUCCUGGCAUAAGAUUUGCUUUCGUUGUGCAAAGUGUGGCAAGGGAUUGGAGUCCACAACCCUUGCUGACAAAGAUGGGGAGAUUUACUGUAAAGGAUGUUAUGGAAAGAAUUUCGGGCCCAAGGGCUUUGGGUUUGGUCAGGGGGCAGGCGCUCUGGCAUAUUCCCAGUAGUGCCUCCAGCAAGGGCCCACCUUGGACGGACAUCUGGUGUACACCGAUAUCACCUGCUCCAGGCUCCUGCAGUCAGCAUCGACCCUGCCAUCGCACUCCAGUCUCAGGUGUAGGGGUGUGAAAGCAGCAAAUGAAAAGUUUUUUGUGUUUGUUCACUUAACAGAUUAUUUUAGAUAUUGCUGUUGAAUUGGGUAUCUUCACACAAAAAAGUGUGAUUGAACGAGAAAUAGACACUUCGUUUUUUGUCAGAGCUCACAUCAAUAAUUAAGUGUAAUCAAACUGAUAAUUCAGUGUCUAUGCAUGGGAACCCACUUACUGAAUGAAAGCUGCAAAAUACUACCAAUGGUUGCUAUCGGUUUCUCACGUUGCAUUUCACCUACACACCAGCAACACUUUACUCACUAGGUUUCAUGUCAUAUACUGUACAUGUCAUUACUAUGCACCUAAGUUUGUUAACAUAGAAUAAAGAUCACGUGAAAAUGGCACUGGAGUUUGUUAUUCACU